AUGGCUUUCAAGGUCACUGAGAAUACAGAGAUCAACUACUUGUGGCAGUUAAGUCAUCUAAACUUAGUUGAACUGAUUGGUUAUUGUUUGGAAGAUGAACAACAGCUUCUUGUGUACGAGUUUGUGCAUGAGGGUAGUCGUGAGAAUUAUCUAUUCAGAAGCGAAUACAUAAAUCAAGAUUUUAUUGAGAAUCUCAGAAGAUUAUUUGUUCUUCUGUUUGAAUGGUUUGAAGCAGAUGAUGUGCAAUGUAAGCCGCUCUGGUGGACCUUUAAGUUGCUCUCGAUAAAGAAAAACAUACAUUAA